CAAAAGCAGUAGAAGAAGAAGAAGAAGCUCGCAUCUGCAUCCGGUGUGUGUGUGUGUUUGUGGUAGUUAGCCAUGUAGCCAUGACUCUAAACUAACUACAUACUUUAGUAAGAAGAAUACACUUAUUAUCCUACGUAACGUGAGAAAGCAGAGACCCCAACUACUGCGGUGGAUGUCCCUUUAAGGUGACACCAUGCUCCUGGAGCCCGCAGCAGCUGAAGACCGACGCGUUUGACCGAGAAGCCGCCGUCACUGCGGCCGCCAUGGGAACAACGAUGAGCGAGCCCUGUAUCUACGACAAACUGUCCGAGAGCAUCGACAUCCUCCGCCAGUCGGGCUACCGCUACGGCAUGUCGGAGAGGGAGAUCGAGAGGUUCAUCAAGCAGGUCCUGGAGACCAACGAGCCCAGAAGAGAGCCUCCCCAAUUCCCCAUCCUCAGAGCCACCAUAAAGUUUGUGGUGGCAGUGGGCUUCCUGCUGGUGGUGGUGCUGGCCUUCACAUACCCUCAGAGCGCCCCCCAGCUGGGUCUGGUCAACCUAGGCUGUUACAACUGGUCGUCCCCCCUCAGCCACGUCCGCCUGCUGUCCCUGCCCAUCGCCAAGAAGUACAACCUGCAAGGUUUCCAUGAAUGGUGGAGUGCCGGCUCUCUCAGGCAGAAUCUGGUCAACUGUUCGGGCUGUGCAGAGAUCUCCUCGGUGCUGGAAGUCCCAGAGAGUCUCAGAGGGACGGUGGCUCUGCGACGGGGGCCACAGCUCGUCCUGCUGAAGGGUGGGGAGUCCCUCAGUGUCCAGCGGCAGCAGCUUGAGGAGCUCUACUUGGCCCAUUCAGGCUCUAUGUCCAUUCUACUGGAGGAGGACGACGGUCUGCAGAACCACAACCUCGGCCUCCCCCAAGGACCCGCCAACUUCACUCUGCUCUGGAGGUUCAGCUCUGGAACCAGAGAGAAAGUGUUGAGGUGGCUCUUCCCGAAGGCUGAGCUCUGCCCCCUGCUGGACAGCGCUGGGACCAUCGUGCAACGCUGCCUGGUCACCCACAGCACAAACUCCCAGAGCAAGGGUGUCGGGGUGUUUGGCUGGCUGGUGGUCGGCGAGGGGCUACCGACGGUCCGAGUUCUGCCUGUUCAGCGCUGUCAGAAACACUGCAGCUCCUUCAACCUGUGGCUGACACCUGGAGACAUGGUGUACGCUGACCCUCGGUACUGGCAGAUGGAGCUGUUCCCCGGCCGAGGCCAGAACAUCAUCUGUGACGGGUCGGCUUUCUAACCUUCAGGUGAAGGGAAGUGAAGAAGGACACAGUUCAGGACGACGGCUGUGAAUGUCAAAUUUUCUGAGCUCGCCAGCCUUUCCGUGGCCCCGCCACACUGAUGCCUUAUAACCCUCCGGUCUUUUUUUCUAACACCCCCGUCCAUCUGAUAAGCGUCCUCAGAGAAACUGGAAACCACUGCACAGAUGAUGACUUCAGUUUGGAAAAAAGAGACUCUCCUGCAGGUUUCAAGGGUCGAGGAAUGAGAAAUGACUUUUUUGGCUUUGUCCUCCUCGUGUAAAACAGCAGAGCCUUUAAGCAGCUCUCAGAUGUUCUGGAUGUGCUGUGCUCGUGCCAUAGCUUCAAGCAGAUCUUCUAGCAAUUAAAAACACAAAAAACAAUUCAUCAAA